AUGAACGGUGACCUGAAAGCGGACCACAAGCGUCCCAACUUUCUCUUUGUCCUCGCCGACGACCUUGCAAGUUCUCUUCUCCCGUGGGGUUUCUCUGACAUAGGUUGUUAUGGGGCAGAGAUCCAAACCCCCAACAUCGACCGCCUGGCAGCAGAGGGUAUCUGUAUGCUCAAUGUCCACACGGCGGCAGCUUGCUCGCCCACGCGUGCGAUGCUGCUGAGCGGGACUGAUGCACACCUCGGGGGCCUGGGCGUGUUGAUAGAAUACAAAAACAGCGAGCAGGGCGCUAGGCGCUGGUCAGGUAAGGCGGGGUAUGAGGGAUAUCUGAACAACGAUGUUGCAACUCUGCCCGAGAUACUGGGAGACCAUGGGUACUUCACGGCCAUGUCUGGCAAGUGGCAUCUGGGGUUGCGUGCCUCUCAGGGACCGUGGAAACGUGGCUUCCAAAAGGCAUUUGCCAUGCUUCCCGGGUGUUGCAAUCACUACGGUUGGGAGCCAGUGCAGGAGCGCUUCCCCGUCGGUGGUCGCCCAGUUCACGCAGAAGGGGGCCGCAAAGUUCAUAUACCGCCCAACAAAACAGAAGACCCCCACGGCUUCUAUUCGAGUGACUACUACACCAAUCGACUGAUCCAAUUCUUCGAGGACCGGUCUGACGAGGACAAGUCGAAGCCGUUUUUCGCUUUUUUGCCGUAUACCGCCCCCCACUGGCCCUUGCAGUGCUCUAAAGCACAGCGUGACAAGUAUGCGGGAAUGUACGACGAUGGUCCGUAUGCCCUACGGGAACGCCGACUAAAAAAGCUUGCCGAGUUGGGCAUCAUCGAUAAAUCCGUCGUCCCGCACCAGGUGGAGACAUCAACGCUGGGCGUGGGGGAGUGGGAUGAUCUCACUCCAGAGGAGAGGAAGCUGUCGAGCCGCGCGAUGGAGGCGUACGCCGGCAUGGUAGAUUCAAUAGACGUCAAUGUUGGCAAGGUGGUGGACUACUUGAAAAAGAGUGGAGAGUAUGACAACACGUUUAUCGUGUUCAUGAGUGAUAAUGGGGCAGAGGGUGCGGCUCUCGCAGCGGUCAUGGGAGACAACAUUAAGCGCGCUAUCCACCAGUACUACGACAACUCAUACGACAACAUUGGCUCUUGGAACUCAUUCACCUGGCUCGGCCCACUAUGGGCUCAGGCAUCGACCGCUCCAUCGAGACUGUUCAAGUGCUUCCCGUCUCAAGGCGGCAUCCUUGUGCCCUGUGUCGUCAAACCACCUGCCAACACUUUCCUCCCUUCGUUCUCUCCCGGCUCGUUCAGCCGCUCCUUUGUGACCGUCAUGGACUUUGCCCCUACCUUUCUCGAACUGGCGGGCGUGGCCCUCUCUCCUGCCUCGGAACGGGGAAAGGUUGCGCCUUUGGCUAAUGACAAUGCCACGCGCAAGAUGACCACUUUUCGAGGAAGAGACGUGCAUGCUAUCCGUGGCAAGUCGUGGGUGCCGUUCUUUGCCCAGGGAAAGAAAAUUGAGGACGGCGAGAUGUGGGCCGUCCACUCCUCCUCCGAGCCCGUGGGUUGGGAGCUCUUUGCGCGUGGCGCACUGCGGAAAGGAGACUGGAAGAUUGUCCACUUCUCCAAGGCUGAAGGAGGAGCGGGCGAGGGCGAUGAGGGUUGGGAGUUGUUCAACGUCGUCGAUGAUCCUGGAGAAACCAAAGACCUGGCCCAGACGGAGCCACAGAAGCUGCAAGAGCUGCUAGCGUGCUGGGAUGAGUAUGUGGCUGAGUGUGGGAUCGUAUGGGGGGAGGAGGCUUUGGCACCCGGGAUACAGAUGAACGAGGCACCCGGGCUGUGGGAAGAUGAAGUAGACUUGCAGAAGUCGUGGAUGGGCGCUAGAGCGGGAGAAUGCCCGUUAUCCUGCCAAUAA